CACACACUGUGACACUCCGACUGAACUCAGACCAUGUUUACACGGAGCUGUUCAAUCUGAACAUGCAUCUUUUAACCACCUCAGCAGACGGAAGGUCUUCCUGAUAUUCAGCGAUUCCACAAAACCUGCUUCAUGGUUUGGUCUCCACCACCUGCUCUGGCUCUGGAUCUGCUAAAUGCUGCGCUGUGUUCCCCAGCUGGUCUCUGACUGGGUCUGUGUGCUGUUUGCUGCCAACAGGUCGUGGACAACGGCUGUUUACAGCAGCGUCUCUGAGAACAGGCUGAGAGUUGGACGUAACUUGUGGCAUAAACUGUUGUCACUGGGUGAAUGUCAGUACUCUGGUGUUUUAGAAAAGAGUGACUAGUCAUGGUUUAUGCUGAUUCCGUCAGCUCAGGAUCACAGCACAGAUCAACUUCACUGUUCGGUCAUUUAUCAACUGAAAGAGGAUGAAGAAGAAAAGAGUUUGCUGUUUUUGCUGUUUUUCUGCAGUUCAUCAUGUUUAGCCCGCCUCCAGGUUCUGCUGCUUAACUCAUCUGCUGAUCUCCUCUGACCUCUCAAGGAGCCAUGAGCCAUCACCUGAACUCUGUGGGUCCUGGUGACGCCUUCGGUCUGUCUGCAUCGCUGACUCCUCCUCCUCCAUGUUGCUACCGUGAUGAGGAAGAGGAGGACCUGAACAAGGUGUUUGACGUUCAGUGUUUUCAGCAAAUUCUUCAUCCUGCAACUCGCAGUCCACCAGAGAAACACCAAGUCUACGAUGAGCAGGAUUUUGAAGACCACCGCUGCUCUUCUGUCCACGUCCAUCACCCUCUGUCCAAACCUGGAGCCAACAGCAGGAGGAAGAGGACCAAUGAGGGGAGGCAAGGCUUCGUCCCCAGCACUGCAAGCACCAUAGAAGAAGACCAGGAGGAAGAGGAGGGUGAGGAAGGAUCUCCCACUCCAGCUGAAGAAGAGGAGGGAAGAACGACCUCCUCCUCCAGUGACCCACCCACCAUCCCGACCAAUCACAAUGGCUUCCCACCUGGUGACAUCAUAACAAGUGUUGCCGCAGACGACGAGGCUGAAGCAUUGACGUCUUUUGACCUGGACGGCAUCAAGAGUCACCGACUGGAUGACGUUCCAGCAGUCCGACGUCACCUGGUGAGGCGGAGCUCCAGAGGACCGAUUGUGCACAUCACCAAAGAUCAGCUCAGCAGCCGGACACAGUCACACCCCCAUCACCUCCAGCGGGACCAAACGCCUCAUGAGGUGUUUGUGGAGCUGAACGAGCUGGUGAUCGACAGGAACCAGGAGCUGCAGUGGAGGGAAACUGCUCGAUGGAUCAAGUUUGAGGAGGAGGUGGAGGAAGAGACGGAGCGCUGGGGAAGGCCUCACAUCGCCUCCCUCUCCUUCCGCUCCCUACUGGAGCUCCGGAAAACCAUCUCCCAUGGGGCGGUGCUCCUGGAUCUGAAGCAGAGGACUCUGCCCGGGAUCGCCCAGCAGGUGGUGGAGCAGAUGGUGAUCUCAGAUCAGAUCAAAGCUGAAGACCGAGCCAACGUCCUCAGAGCCCUGUUGCUCCGACACAGUCACCCCAGUGAUGAGAAAGAUCACAGUUUGUUCAGCAAGAACAUCUCUGCAGCCAACAUAGCCACCCUGAUGGAUAGACACAACAGCCAAUCAGAGCCCUGCAACAACACGGCCAAUCACAGAGAGGCUGAUGGAGAGAAGGACAAGCCCUGUGUCCAGAGAGAAGCCCUCUGUCACUCCAGAUGCAAACAUGGGGUGAAGUUGAUGGAGAAGAUCCCAGAGAGAGCCGAGGCCACCGUCGUCCUCGUAGGCAGUGUGGGCUUCCUGGACCAGCCUUCCAUGGCAUUUGUGCGGCUGCAGGAGGCCGUCCUGCUAGAGUCUGUCCUGGAGGUUCCUGUCCCUGUGAGGUUCCUCUUCCUCCUGCUGGGCCCACCCACUGCCAAUCUCGACUACCACCAGAUUGGACGCUCCAUCUCUACACUCAUGUCAGACAAGCACUUCCACGAGGCGGCGUAUCAGGCUGACGACCGUCAGGACCUGCUGACGGCCAUAAACCACUUCUUGGACUGCAGUGUUGUCCUCCCACCCUCAGAGGUUGGUGGGGAGGAGCUGCUGCACUCGGUCAGUCGUUUCCAGCAAGAAAUCCUCCGAAAGAGAGAGGAGGAGCAGAGCGGCAAACUCAUGUACCAUCCUUAUGGUGCUGAAUGCAGUUCUUGUUUUCUAGAUUCCCUGGUUCCUUCCAAACCCAGCGAGGAGCCCCUGAGGCGUUCAGGUCGUCUGUUCGGAGGACUGAUCACAGACGUGAUUCGACGCUACCCUCAGUACCUCAGCGACAUCCGAGAUGCUCUGAACCCUCAGUGCAUGGCCGCCAUCAUCUUCAUCUACUUUGCUGCUUUGUCACCUGCCAUCACCUUUGGUGGAUUGCUGGGUGAGAAAACGGAGGGUCUGAUUGGUGUGUCGGAGCUGAUAGUGGCCACAGCGAUGCAGGGGAUAGUGUUCAGCGUGCUCGGUGCUCAGCCUCUGCUGGUGAUUGGCUUCUCCGGACCGUUGCUGGUGUUUGAAGAGGCCUUCUACACUUUUUGUAAAGACAAUGGGAUCGAGUAUCUGACAGGACGGGUGUGGAUUGGUUUCUGGCUGGUGCUCAUUGUUCUCCUCACUGUGGCCUUUGAGGGAAGCAUCCUGGUUCGCUUCGUCUCCCGUUUCACUCAGGAGAUCUUCUCCUUCCUAAUCUCACUGAUUUUCAUCUAUGAGACAUUUGCCAAACUGGUCAAGAUCUUUCAGGAGCAUCCUCUCCAAAACAGUUACCAUGGAAACAAUACAGUAUUUCCAUCUCUGUGCAACUACACAACAACCACCGAGAAUUCUGGAAAGGUUGUUGGAGAGCCCAACACAGCCCUGCUGUCAUUAGUGCUCAUGGCCGGAACGUAUUUCAUCGCUUUCUACCUGCGCAAGUUCAAGAACAGCUCCUUCUUCCCAGGAAGGCUCCGCAGGAUCAUUGGAGACUUCGGGGUCCCCAUUGCUAUCCUCAUUAUGGUGCUGGUGGACUACAGCGUGGAGGACACCUAUACCCAGAAGCUGAACGUGCCCAGUGGGUUCUCCGUGUCCAGUCCCGAGAAGCGUGACUGGCUGAUUUCUCCACUUGGGUCAGAUGGCCAGUUUCCUGUUUGGAUGAUGGGCGCCAGCAUUCUUCCGGCAAUCCUGGUCUUCAUCCUCAUCUUCAUGGAAUCCCAGAUCACAGCGCUGAUUGUGAGCAAGAAGGAGAGGAUGCUGGUGAAGGGAACUGGAUUUCACCUGGACCUCCUGAUCAUUGUGGUGGUGGGUGGAAUCUCAGCUCUGUUUGGUUUGCCUUGGCUAUCGGCCACCACAGUUCGCUCUGUCACCCACACCAACGCCCUCACUGUCAUGAGCAAAGCUGUUGCUCCUGGAGACAAGCCCCGCAUCCAGGAAGUGAAGGAGCAGAGGGUGACGGGCUUCCUGGUGGCUGUUUUAGUGGGUCUGUCCAUUGUGAUUGGGGAGGCUCUGCGUCAGAUCCCCCUAGCGGUGCUGUUUGGCAUCUUCCUCUACAUGGGUGUGAUGUCCCUGAAUGGGAUCCAGCUCACUGAGAGGCUCAUCCUGCUGCUGAUGCCACCAAAGUACCACCCCGACCAAAACUAUGUCCGCAAGGUGCGGACGUUGAGGAUGCACCUGUUCACUCUCGUACAGCUGGCCUGUCUGUCUCUCCUGUGGGUCAUCAUGGCAACGGCAGCAGCGCUGGCCUUCCCCUUCAUGUUGCUGCUGACCAUGCUGCUGCCCCGCCUCUUCACCUGGAGAGAGCUGCAGAGCCUGGAUGCUGAGGAUGCAGAGCCUCAGCUGGAGGAGGAGGGACAGGAUGAGUACUCACAGCUGCAGAUGCCCGUGUGACCUGCAGCAACAUCGUGAUUGGUCAGCCUGGCCUGAGGGGACAGCCGACUGGACCUGUCCACCUCCUUCAGCGGGCCGGUUGGACUGUACAUGCCUCCGAAUCAUGUCUUGAUAAACCUGAUUUUAUAUUUUCUGUUGUAAGAAGUUGGUUUAUUUGCUUUUUGUGAUGACGCUGCUGAGCACACUGAAACUAAAACUGAACUCUGAGAUCAUUUCUGCUGAAGCCAGCUGUUUGGACAUCGCCACACCCAGCUGCACCUGCGGGAUUAUAUUCCAUAGUAUACACCAGAGCUCCCCACGGCAGCGUAAAUCUUGUUUUGACAAGAAACUUUCCUCAUUAUAACAAGAUACUUUGCUCAUCUUCACCAGAUAUUUUCACAUUAAAACGUGUUUCAUGUUAUUACGACAUGUUGUAGGCUAUUUCCUCCUUAUAACUACAUACUGUAUUUUCUUGUAAUAACGUGAGCCCUGCUCAGCUUGGAGUGAGUGCAACAUGCACACUGACCGCUGAAAGAAAAGAAGGCAUCUGGACGUAGUUUUAGGUAGAAGACAUUUCACCUCUCAUCCAAUGUUGGGCGGGGAAACAAAACAGCCGCUGCACAAGUGCACAGGAGGGCCAACUCCAGUGGACCAGAGUCAGCAGUCCACCUCCACCUGAAGCACAAAGGACAUUCUUUUGAG